GAAAAGACUUCAACCCAUAGAUGAAACCACACACGGCUUCUUUCAGACGCGCCUUCAUAAUCAAGUCUUUCGAUUGGAUCAAGCAUUUGCUGUACGUCAUAACUUGUGUCCUUUGUUCAAUACAACAUCGUACAGUAGACUACUGGAAUGCGACACAUCAUUUCAACUGUGCAGAGGACUAGGACGAUUAAUGAGAAAGAGAAGCGAAGUGAAAUACGGCAUUCUGGCGAGUUUUUCCCCCCCCCGUCGCGCAAGCUUGUCAAUGACUGAAAGGAUAUAUUUAUCUAACAUGGAAAAUUAUCUUAUAGCUUCAUGGCUAUGUUGACAUGUUGACACCUACACUAAAUAACCGCAUCCGUUCACCGCUCAUAUCCGCUCCUUGAGACCUUCGCAUCACCAGCUACUAUUGACAGGUGUUGACGUCUCUGAGCACUGUGAGUCUGUCUUCUGAAGAUGGCCGAGAGCUGGGUUUGUGGAACCCAAUGUGUGGCUAAUGGUGACCACAGCAAACCCAAGGCUGGCGAACUGGCCUACAGAAAAGGAGACAUUCUAACGAUCUUAGAGGCAGGACUGGUGAGAGGCAGCUACAGGGCGAGAGCCAACGUCUCAGGAGCCGAGGGAGUCAUCUCCAGCGCCAACGUACGGGAGAGAGAGGCCAUCCGCAUUGACCCCAGCCUCAGCCUCAUGCCAUGGUUCCACGGCAAGAUUUCAGGCCCGGAGGCCGUGUCCAAACUUCGCCCUGUGGAGGACGGCCUCUUCUUGGUUCGGGAGUCUGUCCGUCACCCUGGCGACUACGUUCUGUGUGUCAGUGUCUCCGGUGAUGUCAUCCACUACCGGGUCAUGUACCGUGACAACAAGCUGACCAUUGACAACAGCCAGUACUUCUACAACCUUCGAGACAUGAUUGAGUUCUACUCAAAGAACAAAGGGGCCAUCGCCACCAUUCUGCAGAAGCCCAAAGACAAGGAGGGCACCCGAUCGGCGGAGCUGGAGCUGUCUAAGACUGGGUGGCUGCUUGACAUCAGGAAGCUGGUUCUGGGCAAGUGUAUCGGAGAGGGAGAGUUUGGAGCCGUGUAUGCAGGAGAGUACAUGGGCCAGCAGGUGGCAGUCAAGAACAUCAAAUGUGAUGUCACCGCCCAGGCCUUCCUACAGGAGACCACCGUCAUGACGAAACUGCAACACAAGAACCUGGUGCGUCUGUUGGGAGUGAUUCUGAACGACGGACUCCACAUCGUCACAGAGCUGAUGGCCAAGGGUAACCUGGUCAAUUUCUUGCGAACAAGGGGACGCUCAAUCAUCAGCACAGUCCAGCUGCUUCACUUUGCCUUAGACGUGUGCGAGGGGAUGGAGUACCUGGAGUCUUUGAAGCUGGUCCACAGGGACCUGGCCGCACGCAACAUCUUGGUGUCGGACGAGGGCGUGGCCAAGGUCAGCGACUUCGGGCUGGCCAAAGUGGACUGUAAGACGUCGGAUAACGCCAAGCUCCCCGUGAAAUGGACGGCUCCGGAAGCUCUGAAGAAAGAGAGGUUCUCCACCCGGUCAGAUGUCUGGAGUUACGGGGUUCUCCUCUGGGAGACCUUCUCCUACGGCCGCCAGCCCUACCCCAAGAUGUCUCUGAGUGAGGUGAGACAGCACGUGGAGCGGGGCUACUGCAUGGAGGCCCCGGAGGACUGCCCCGCGGGGGUCUACCUGCUGAUGAGGAGCUGCUGGGAGAAGGAGCCGCGCCGGAGGCCCUCCUUCCACAAGCUGAGGGACAAGCUGGAGAGGGAGCUGGCCAAACACGGCUCCGGGCGAGGCUCUUAGUCCCUGGGUUGGCGGAGGGAAGGGAGGGGGGGGGGGGAGGACACACGCUGCCUGGGCCCGCUCCUGGCUCUCCUGUCUGGGGCUCGGAACAGUGAGAAGGGUCCCGGGGUUUGGGUUAGAGCGAUGCGCACGGUCACUGUGGAAAGACUCGUCGGAGUUGGGUGAGGGUGGGGGGGAGUGUCGCGUCAUGGUGACGUCGCCCGGCGACAAUGACCCCUGGAAUACGCUGAGUCAGCAGAGGUGCAUCAUGCUGUUCACAGACACUAAUAAGCUAUGAAGCGAAGAUGACCUAUUUUUGUAUGUGAUGUUAAUGUCGAUUUUCCAUGUAGUGUACUGGUACUAGCAAUAUUAAGUGCUCAAAUGUAUGUGUAAUGUGUGUGCGUAUGAUUUUGAUUGAGUAAACCAUUGUGUACCUCCUUAAAGGUACACAUGGCUGCGGGUCAGAUGGCUGAGCGGUUAGGGAAUCGGGGCUAUUAUUCAGAAGGUUGCCGGUUUGAUUCCCGGCCAUGCAUA